GCGAAUGUGAAAUGCAAAGAGAAUUUUGUGAUAUAAAAUUCCAUGAUGGUUGGAAUUAGCGAUAUUUUUGUAACGUCGCUGUGUUGAUUUGUGUAUGUGCUUCGCUCAGUACAGUGUCUACUCUCAAGCCAGUUGAUCACCAGGAGUGCCACUCAUGGGAUAACCUUGCUCAAGACCUAUAUAAGCAAUAUCCUGCAAACUGCAGUAGAAAUUCUCUGUGCACGGGAAUCUCCUGUAUUGGAACGUAUCAGGGCAAAGGUUUUAGAGCAGGGAUGGAGCUGUUUCCUUGUGAGCAGCCAGUUAAGCUCCUCCUCUUUGCUAACUCAGAUGCCUUCAACCUCCACAACUUCUCAAGGAAUUUUACUGACAAAGAGAGCAUUAAAAUUCAAGGCUUGUCUAUCAACUUUGGACCUCCAUUCGGCAAAGUUGAAGGUUUCAUAACCACUGACCUACAACGUAACCAGAACGUAGUGGCGUUGACUUUGACUGUACGGGGACAUGUAGUGGGUUCUCCACUUCCAAUUGGCGAGUGGCCGGAUGCUCUCACGACAGAACUGAUCAGCAACUAUGAGUUUGCGAUACCUAACUGCCCAAUACCAGUACCAGGUGCAGUCACACUACCCAACAGUGUGCAGGACAUUGAGCAGUUUGUCGAAAGUGAAAUCAAUGCACAGGAAAAGUCAUCUGGUACACAGACAUUUAAUAAUUGUACCAGAGGUUUUCUAGGCCAGUGUCGAGUGAAGGAGACUUGUGUUUUGAAGCCGGAUAGCAGGGAAGGUCUUUGCCAGUGUGAGCUCGGAUAUAAACUAGAUCGUGUUGGGCAAUGCACGCGCAAGGAAUCAGGUCAGUCUACCAUUGGUCCAACAAAUGUGGCUCCGACUGUUUCACACAACUCUUCCAGUAGUUCAACAUCUGCUCCAAAGAGUUUUGAAGAAAAAAAGACGACCAUUACGGCUGUGGUCGGUGCUGUUGGUACGUGUGCGCUCCUCGGCGUCAUCGCAGCUGUGUUCGUCGUGCUACGUCGCCGCAGGGCACAGGCCAACCAGGCCUACACGAUGGUGGCAAACUUCAGCGAUGACGAUGACGCUCAGUUGAUUGGACAGAACGAGGAGUUGGCUUAGAGCCGCACACCAGCAGUUGCGGAGGAGUACAUGGACGUUCUGCUGGCCAGGAAUGGUGCGGGUUGUAGCUGUUAACGAGUAGUUAUGGCCUAUCUGCUUAGGGGCAUGGGUGCCCUUUAUGUUCAAGAAUAAAGCUGCAUUGCUGCUUCUGGUGCAGUAAGGUGCCUUUAUUCUCAGGAGCCCAGGGCUUGUUUGACUAGUUAUACGUUACUUGCAUCGAUAUAAUCAGAAGUAGAUAAUAGGGAAGGAGUGUGACUUCAAUAAACAAGGGAAAUUCGUCAUUUACUAGCCUUAGA